AUGGGUUCCGAGUUUUUUUUAAUUGGCAAAAUAUUUGUUUUAAUAACUGGGGCUAGUAAAGAUAUCGGAAGGGAAAUAGCUAUUAAAUAUUCAAAUAUAUUAGAUAACGGUUCACACUUUUUAUUGAUAGCUCGAAAUAAAACCGGAUUGCGAGAAACAACUAGUAGAAUGAGCAACCGGGUCCAUGUUGAUUACGCUAGUAUAGAUUUAUCUAUAGCGAAAGCUGAUCAGUUGGAAGAUCUAAUUAGAAAACGCGUUAAUCCACAUGAUUAUGAUGGUGCUGUUGUCAUCCACGAUGUUGGAAGUGUUGGUGAUAUAAGCCCAUUGACUGACGAAAUGGAUAAUUUUGGUGUUUGGGAAAAAUGUUAUAACUUGAAUGUCUUUUCACCAGCUGUUUUGACUUCUGCAUUUAUGAAAAUAUUCAAUGAUAAGGUUAGAGCAAAAAAAUUGGUCAUCAAUCUCACUUCAUGGGCAAGUUUGACACCUUACCAGUCAUUGGGUUAUUACAAUUCUGCAGAAGCUGCACGUGAGAUGUAUUUCAAAGUUUUCGCUAAAGAGUUUCCAAAAGUCAAUGUUUUAAAUUAUUCUCCGCAUAUGGUGGAUACUGAUUUGUUAAGAAAAAUGGAAAGCAUAAACAGAACCUCUGAAGUUCCAGAAUAUAUAAGAAAAUCCCGUCGAGAAGGAAAAGUUAUUACUACGAUUCAAGCGGCUAAUGAUAUGAUUAGAAAACGUAUCAAUCCGAAUAAAUAUGAUCAUGCCAUUAUUAUCCAUAAUGUAGGAACAUUUGGUGAUACAUCUCAAUUGACUGGUGAAAUGAAUAAUUUUCGUGUUCGGGAAAAAAUGUAUGAUUUGAACGUGUUUUUAUCAGCUGUUUUGAACUCAGUUUUCAUGAAAAUAUUAAAUGAUAAAGUCAAAGCUAAAAAGUUAGUCAUUAAUAUGAGUUCAUUCUCUGGUAAAACACCUUUUCAAUCGAGUGCUUAUUACUGUUCGGCAAAAGCUGCACGUGAAAUAUAUAUGAGGCAAUUUUACACGCAAUUUGGUUUUAAAAUUUUUGCUCAAGAGUUUCUAGAUGUCAACGUUUUAAAUUAUCCCCCUUACAUGGUUGAUAAUGAUUUAUUUAGAACAUCGAAAAACAUAACAAGAACAACAGAACUUCCUCGAUCGCUUAAGAAAGGACGUCAAGAAGGUAAAGUAUUAACGCCUAUCCAAGUAGGUCAUCGUCUUAUUGCUAUUAUAUGGAGACAGAAGUCUAAGUUGGGUGCCUACAUAGAUUACUAUGAUCCUAUAUGA